UGUUCACCGAAUACUUGCAGUUUACUCAGUUUGUGCUGUUACCUAGCACAAUACAGUAUCUAUUUCGAAGUCGAUCAGUCCCUUUAUGUUCUGUUCCAGAGCCAGGUGGUAUUUGCACUAUGAGGCAUUGGCUAAUUGUUCCCGUAGUCCCCUCAAGCGACUAUUUGACCUCGGCUCAUCUGUACGAUGCAAAAAUAUAUCUAUACCGGGUCAUUGAAAUGUUUCAUUGAAACGCUUGACUUUCUGCUCGUUGCUGAAGGAAAUUUCUGAAAUAGCAGUAUUUUAGUGUCCGUGUACGCAACGGAGGCUGCAAUUCUUGGCUCGGUGUGAUACUAACUGGCUUGGGGAACCUGUUCAGCUACAUCACACGUAACAUGUGCAUUAUUCAUUUACGUGCGCAAGCAGGGUGCGCCAUUGCCCUAGCAGUGUUGUAUGGCCUGGAUGAGGAAGAGGUUCUUUCACACAACGUCGCCAUGGCAUCGGCCGAAGACAUGGAGAAGAACGGCCAGUGUCAGGGUCUGCGGCGUCUUGCAGAUAUGGAGAUGCACACUGUGACUUUCCAGCAAGCAGAGGGAGCUACUGCUGCUGCUGCUACUGCUACUCCUUCUGCUUCCUCAUCACUAGCUGCUAAGUGCUCAUCCAGGGUUGCAUCAUCGGCAGCGCCCUCCGCCGUGAAGUUGUCAAUGGCAACGGCGCCAUUGUCAUCAUCACUGGGUGCCAUGGCAACCGCGUCGUCAGAAGGGAUGACAUCAGGUGGGCUGGCAUCGACGUCAGCGUCGUCGCUCGGUCGCGCCGAUCACAGCCCUGGCCGAUCCGGCGCGCUGUCCGAGCGUAGCAAGUCAUUGGAACAUCUAUCGCCCGACCGUACUGUGCCAAGUGGAGCAGCUUGUGCAGCCAGUACUGCGAGUGAACGAGGAAAAGAAAGCGACAAGUCGGACAGCAAGACAACGCUGGAGCGUGACGGGUCACCAUCAUCAUCGCUCUGCGCUCCGUUAGCUGACUUCCCUGCCAAGCAGACGUUCUUUGCCGGCAAUCCCAUGAUCGAAGUCACCAAGGGUCUCGUCCAUCUCUAUAGCCCGGGGCAGCGCACGGCUAAUCACCUCAUGGUGUGUCUCCUCGCCGUGCCUGCGGAUGUGUCUUGCUCCGAACUUGUCAAGUUUGUUUCACCGUUCGGUCGCUACAUCAAGAAUGUGCGUAUAAUCCGUGACUCGGCGCCCAAUCAAUACAUGGCGCUAAUUGGCUUCUAUACGGAGGUACGGGCCAAUGAGUUCUAUCGCUACUUUCUCGGCCGUCAGUUCAACAUGCUGGAACCAGGGGUGUGCAGCAUUGCAUUCGUGUCCAAGCUAGAAAUUCUCAAAACGGAGCAGGGUGCAUCUUUGCCACCGACAGGCGCAACAGAAUUGCCUAACUGCCCAGUGUGUCUGGAAAAGCUGGACGAAUCCGUGUUGACUGCGCUGUGUAAUCAUACGUUUCAUUCAAACUGCCUGGCACCUCUACAGGACAACCUAUGUCCACUGUGUCGCUAUGUGCUGAGCCCUGAACCGGUGGGAGACAAUCGCUGUAUGGACUGCGGCAGUCACGAUAGUUUAUGGAUAUGCUUGAUAUGCGGACAUGUCGGAUGUGGUCGCUACGCAGAAGGCCACGCGGAAACUCACUUCUUGGCAACUCAGCAUACUUAUGCCAUGGAUGUUUCGAACCAGAGCGUCUGGGACUACGCCGGAGAUAACUUUGUGCACCGGCUAGUUCAAAGCGCUACGGGUGGAAAGCUUGUCGAGGUGCAGGAACCAACGUCUGCGGCUAAGGGUGAGGUGACGUCAACACAGAAGUGGGAAGGUUUGCAGUUGGAGUAUACGUUCUUGCUGACGAGCCAGUUGGAAUCACAGCGUUUGUACUUUGAGGAGAAAGUCGCCAUGGCCCAAGAUGAGAUGCGUGACAAGCUACACCAAGCUGAGCACAAAUGCAGAGAGCUACAAGAUCGUCUUCAGGAACUGCAGCAGCAAAGUGUCGCCGCUGAGAAGCAGCGCUGUGCUACGGAGAAGAAGUUUGCACAGAUGUCAGAGCGUAUUACAGAUCUCACGAAGGGUUUGGAAGAGGAGAAAGAGAUGACCGCGUAUCUUCGGGAGAAUCAGAAGGAAAGUGAACGUCGGUUGGUUGUCACCGAAAGGGUCUCCAAAGAGCAACUGGAUUCUAAGGACACGGCCAUCAAGGACUUGGAGGAGCAGCUGCGUGAUGUCAUGUUCUACAUAGACGCUCGGAAAACCGUUGCCAAGCUGCCCGAUGAAGAGGAUCGGCAGGCUUUACAAGAUGGUCAUGUGACAGUAGGAGCAGCUGCUGCUGCCACAACACCGAAAACCACGCCGGGACGUUCGCACCGCAAGAAGCGUCGGUGACACAUCUCUUCAGGUUGUUUUUCUAUGUGUGGUCUUCUCCUCCUCUGGCUGUUUGCUGCCCGCUUGUGGAGUGAAGCAUUCACCCUGGGAUGCUAACACGGUGCGUGUGCUUUCUGGAUGUGCUGUUCUCCGAUGCUGUGGCUAUUGCCGGUGGUGUGUAUGCUCUGUCUCGACAUCAUGAUGUCAUUCAAGGUCGUGACAUCGUUCCACCAGUGUUGCCCGCCCCUCCCAACUUCUCGGCAGAGGUAAAACCGCUGAGCAACGUUAUGUUGCUGCCUGCCAUCCUCUCUCAACGAUGUCGUCACAUCUUCAUUUUCGUUGCCAUGCCGUCAUGCAUUGUGCGAUGCCCAUGUUUGCACACGAUCACAUCAGCCUUGCACGGAGAACUUCAGAAUGAUGCAACCACCGCAGCAUCGCACAUAGCCUGUGCACUUCACCUGCAGAGCAACAGCCACCAUUGUCGCUGACAUGAAGCACAUCUCCAACUGGUGCUGAUUUCAGUGUGGCUGCCCUAUCACCACCAAAUUAACCGGCCUCCAUGGCCUGAUCUUCUCUUCGACAAUGGAUUUGCUCGCUAUCUCUCUGCCCGUCAGUGAUAUGGUAUAUACUAUAUAAUUAUUAGGGCUGAAACGAUCAUGGAUUUUCACCUAUCGAUUACUCUUUAGCUUAACGAUCGAGUAAUCGAUUAUAAUCUUUAGCAAAUAGUGUCAGAAUUUUGUGCAAAAAUUAUCCUGUUUCCAAAAGCUAGGCCUUCAUAAUACCAAAAAUCUGCAUUAGUGGCAGGGUAGCUCCAAAACAUGACAGUUUUGAAGUCAACUUAACCUCAGAAUAUGCACCAUGCCCCUGGCAACUGCAUACACACAGCGGAAACUGAUUCGAACUUCACAAAACGAGGGUUUUCAGUACUUUUUGGACUCAAAAUUCCUAACGAGUAAUCUAUAACGUAACGAUUACUUGAUUGAUAAGGAAUUAUCGAUCGCUUACCGAGUAAUUGGUAUAAUCGUUUCAGCCCUAAUAAUUAUGCAUUGUUCAAGACAUGCCCACAGAUAUCAGGGCCCCGACCACGGCAACAUAUCGUUGCUAUCCAUGCGACUGUGCUGCCUUUGAGCAAUGUGCUCAAUGUGUCCUGCUGUCACUCCUUUUAGCCCCCCCCCCCCCCCUUAGGCAGUCAAAAUCCAUUACAGUCAACUUCGCUAAUAACGACUGCGGAUAUAACGACAAUUCGCGAAUAACGACCGAAUUUCCAUGCCCAGAGCAAAGUCCCAUCUAACUGUACACAUUUUACUUCGGAUGUAACGACUAUCUGAAUAACGACAAUUCGCGUAUAGCGACAUGCUUUUAGUGCCCCGAGGUCAUAUUCACUGCUUGAAUAACGACUUUCUGGGCUUUUGACAGCUAUUUCAAGUACCUGUCAGUCAAGUACAUGUACAUGUACAUGUACCUGUCAUGCAGAAGUACCAGAACCUAUGGUGAUGGAUAUAAUGCACACAUGCAAGAAAAUGCAGCCAAGGGGGGGGGGGGCUUUUUCUUCCUUUUUAUGUUGGCUUCAAAAUUGUUGGAUUUACCAGCACACCUAUAUGACUGUAUACAAUGUACAUGUAGUUGUACAUGAUUGUACAGUAAUCAUCAUACAUGUACAUGUCUCUGGCCCUGUAGAUGGCUCAAAAAGGCAUACUUUUCAAUUGAUUUCCCUUGCAUAUUGAAUUUUUAGUUCCUUUCAACUGCAAUAUGAAAAUAAAGUACACAUUGACAUAGAGCAAGAAAAGAGCUUGAUUUUGAUAUGCAUGUCAUACUAUACAAACUAUGGGUUCACAUACAUUCAAAUGGGACUUCGGUUAUAAGGACACUUCGCGAAUAAGGACACUUUUCUGAUGCCCCGCCGAAUGUCGUUAUUGGCGAAGUUGACUGUAAAUGCAACCUCCGUUAUCGCCUCUAUAUUUCAGUUUAUUUGCUAGUGAUCUGCAGGUUUUAUUUCCAUCCCCAACGUGACCUGGCAGCUUCUGUUUUGCAGGCUUCGCCCAGUCCGAACUGGUGACGUAGCAUACACGUCACGUGCUGUGUGCUGAAGCAAGUCAAGCUGUGCUGUGGUAUGUGUCCUGUUGUUUUUAUCUGUGCUGUUCAUGUGUGUCCUGUUUUUUAUCUGUGAAUUUCGUUUUAUCUAGACAGUACACUGGUUUCAAAGGAAGCCACGCCACACCGGGUAUUUUUUAACAAACUUUUCCGUGGUCUAUUUUCUUUUCAUUCUAUCCGUAACCAUACGGCCAAACAGACCUCCUGUUCUGA